ACAAAUCUCACUCCAUACGCAAAUGGAACGAAACGGGACAGUUCGCGCAGGCGCGUUUCAUUGUUUUGACUGAAAAUGCCGUCGGUUUCGAAAACGGCGGCGAACGGUUCUCCUCAAACCGAGAAACCAACCCACUAUACAUAUUUGAAGGAGUUUAGGACCGAACAGUGCCCUCUCUUCUUGCAGCACAAGUGCACACAACAUAGACCCUUUACAUGUUUUCAUUGGCAUUUCCUCAACCAGAGGCGAAGACGACCGAUUAGAAGAAGAGAUGGAACUUUUAACUACAGCCCUGACGUUUAUUGCACAAAAUAUGACGAGACUGCGGGCAUUUGCCCAGAUGGAGAGGACUGUCCUUACUUGCACCGGACCACUGGUGACACAGAGCGCAAGUACCAUCUUCGCUAUUACAAGACUGGUACCUGUAUCCAUGAAACUGAUGCCCGCGGGCACUGCGUGAAGAACGGCCUACACUGCGCCUUUGCCCAUGGCCCACAUGAUCUCCGCCCCCCUGUCUACGAUAUCAGAGAGAUCCAGGCACAGGAAGCCCUCCAGAAUGGCCAGUUGGGAUCUGGAGAGGGUAUCCCUGAUCUACAGCCUGGAGUACUGGCCAGCCAAGCCAUGAUAGAGAAGACUCUUACAGAGGACCCCCGGUGGCAAGACACCAAUUUUGUUUUAGCGAACUACAAAACAGAGCAGUGCACCAAGCCUCCACGACUAUGCAGACAGGGCUAUGCCUGCCCUCACUACCACAAUAGUAGAGACAGAAGACGAAAUCCACGCAAGUUCAAAUACAGGUCAACUCCGUGUCCCAAUGUGAAACAUGGGGAUGAGUGGGGUGAGCCAUCGAAGUGUGACAGUGGAGACAGCUGUCAAUACUGUCACUCACGCACUGAACAGCAGUUCCACCCAGAGAUCUACAAAUCCACCAAAUGCAAUGACAUGAGGCAAACUGGUUAUUGUCCUAGAGGGCCGUUCUGUGCGUUUGCGCAUGUAGAAAGAAUUCCCUCCACGGAAGAGACCAUGAACUCAUUGCUAACAGCGAUGCAGUCGGGCUCUCAGCAGUAUUCAGAGUGUCCGGUCAGCGAGUGGGGCAGCAGUGCACACUCCAUCAGCAGCAUCAACAACGGCCAAGUGGGGAAUGUUUCAUAUUCUAAUAGUCCGACUGUAACGCCAAGCUCAGGAAGCAACAGUUCAUUGUCCCCAAUCGGACCCAUCGGCAGGUCCAAAUGCUUAACUAAUGGUAGCUUAUGUUCAGAGUCCACCACGUCAAGUGUGUCAUCUCUGACGUCUAACUAUCCCAAAGCGCCGGGCUUUGAACGCGAGGAUCAGAUAAAGAACUAUAAGGGACAUAGUGAUCAAAAGAUGAUGGACCAAGACAAGCAGACACACAAUAGUGUAUUCUCUGGGAUGAACCCUCUGGCAUCCAGCAUAACCUCCAGUAUAGAAUCUAGCCUGGCCUCCAGUAUUGGAUCGGAUAGUUCCUCACCCACCACCUUAUCAACAAUGAAUGCAAAAGCAACCCCAUUCUAUCCUGGGAGCAAUACUGUGGAGUCAGUUAUAGGUUCUGCUCUUGACCUGAAUUUUUGUGACAUCAAUGUUGCCUCUCUUGAUAAAGAGUUUGAGGAGCAAGAAAACAACAGUCUUGGUUUAAGUCAAAGGAUGUUGGGAGGAUCCGCUCCGGUCAACAUUCCUGGCUCCCUUGCACGGUCUUCUUCAUUGAAUUCCAACUCAUCGCUCUCUGCCUCCCCUCUGAGCUCUCUCUCCCAGUCCCUGUCCCAGUGCCUGUUGUCAGGAAUGGCUCCACAGCAGACUCAGCCUCAGGGCCUGCUAACCAAACCUGAGCAUGGCCUUCUAGGAACACCUACCUCCUCUCAGAACUCUCUGGGUUUGAAUGGGGGAGCUAGCAGCAUAUGGGACUUUGUGAGUGGCAACUUCUCUCCCAGCCCAUCACCAGUGUUCAGCAGCCUGGGCUCCACCACUGUGAGCAGCAGCGCUGACCUGAACCGGCUCUUCAGGGAGCUGGACGAGGCCAAGAGGAAGAUCAAGCAAUGGGAAGACGCGUGGCACCAGGUCAAGCAGGCAUGUGAGGCCUGGCAGAAAGACUCCCAUGAUGCAAAAGAACAAGCAAAGUCAGCCGAGGCGGAGCGGCAGCUGGCAGAGCAGACGCGAGAGGACACGGAGCGCAAGCUGAAGGAGCUCCAGGGGGACUUUGACGUGCUGUGUCGCUCCCCUGGCACACCCCUGCUUAGAAGCUAUGGAGACCUGGACCAGCUCCCUCUACCAAAGCUCCACUCCAUCCAGAGCCAGCUGCGCACUGACCUAGACCUUAUAGACGGGGUAAUAUAUCAGCUUCAGUCAAAGAAAUGUAUAGUUUGCCAAACGCAUGAUCGUUGCAUAGUCCUGCAGCCUUGCCAACAUUAUGUACUUUGUAAGAACUGUGCACCUAGUAAAUCAGAAUGUCCAUACUGUAAGACAAAAAUAUUGAAGUGGUGAUGUACAAUUAUUCAAGGUACUACUUAAGGAAUUUGCCCUUUGAAGAACUACUAAUACAUAUAGUAUGCUUACAUUUUCUAAAUAGCAUUUUGUGUUUCAGUAUUCCAUAUAGUAAUUCAAUUAAUAGUUUAAUUUGAACUACACAAAUGGUGUUUGAUAAAUCAAGUACUUAAAUGUAGUAUGUUAUUUUGUAUUGUAAAGGAUCACUUACAUUUUCCAAAAGGUUUGGCAUCCAUAAUUCAAGUGGGCCUAAUUUGACUUUAUCACUGAAACACAUCAGUCAAACAUUAUUAUUAGUAUUGCAACCAUCUUUGUGAAGAUUGAUUUCUUGUAAAGCACUUUGUUGACCUGGGAAUUUGUUAAAGGGUAUUUUAGAAAUGAGCUUUGAGCUGUUUUUUCUUAAUAUGCUAAUGUAUCGAGCUUUUGUGUGUACUGUGAAACAUACUAGAAUAUUUCAUGUUUCCUAUUGUUAAAUCAUGGUAUAGUUCUAUAUAUCUUGUUAGUUUUCAUAGAAAAGUACUAAACAAUAGUUUCUACUUCUCAUUCUUUAAUUUACACCUUUCCAUCAAAAAAGUACACACUUUUGAAUGCAUUUUAGGCAUAACCAGCAGCUGUAAUAUCAGUAAGGCACAUUUAUGCUAAAGCAGUUAGGAAAUCAAUUACUGUGUCUUUUAGUGAUUACUGAGUUGUUCAUUAUGUAGUUGUUAGAGGAGCAUGUCUUGAUGUACAUAAGUCUGACAUGGUGAAUUUGAUAGGAUUCCUACUAGCUCUCAAACAUGUCUAGAACAUAUCUGAUACUUGGCCUCUACUCUAGUCUCAAGUGCCUUGCCUUAGAUGAUAACCAUGACCAUCGAUGCUUAGAGGAUUGUUGUAAAAGCAGACACAGGUAGUCAAAGCCUCUGCACACGUUUCUGCAUAUAUGUCUACUUAAUUUUGCUACUUUGCAUCAUGUGUAUUGCCCAAUCCUAUGUCAAAGUAUUUCCUCAGAUUAUAGUUGUAUGAAGAUAUAAAUCUUGUCAGUGUCUGUGUCCUGACUUCACGCUCACAAACAUAAAACAAUAUAUUUUCCUUGUCUACACAGGCAAUGGUGCUUUUUUUUGAUGCGGCUUCAGUAUAAUUUCAAAUGACCAAGGCAAGGAAACAACUCUGGUCUUGUUUGUGAACAAGAUAAAAACAGGCUCUGCUAUACAUUUUAGACUGGUGUUUGUAAGAUGCAUCAUUGGUGUUGAACCUGUAAGUUGUGUUUUCAAAUAUGACAGUGUAAUGUGCUUAGCUAGGUUAAUCUAAUUGAAAUGACCUUCUACUGUGUUCAAAAUGUAUUUUUCCUCACUCUAUAUCUUGGUCCUUUAAUAUUUACAGCAAUUAGUAUGAUCAGUAGAAAGAACCUUAUAUAUUCCCAGGUACACGAUUUGUAACUUAGUUCGAAAAAGUGAGAAAUACAAUUGUUUACAUUUACAUGGAUGGUAAUUCAGAAACUCAGAGAAAAACAAAACUUAUGUUUCUCCUAAAAUAAAAAAGGUAUUGUGUUCCCUCAUGUUUAUCAAGUUAAAAUGGCAGGUGAAACUAUUUUAUUGCAUGUCUUAUACGCGUCAUACGUUAACCAGCUACAAAUCUAGAUCACUGCCAGAUAUAUUUGUAUUGCCAGUCUAGCAUACUGUAGAGUCGAUCACUUCACUUUUGCAAGCUUUGUUGCUGCUGAGAGAAAGAUGUAUACAUAUAGUUGUAAUGCAUUUAGAUUCUUGAAUGUUAUUGUGCAUACACAGUUCAGAUUUCAGACAUCAGUAGCCUAAUUUCUCACAAGUUAAGCAGUAACACAUUUUACUUUAUAUAUAAUCAAAAUGGCGUCAUAACAAUGACUCUUGUUACCUAACAUUCAGAGACGUGUCAUGGCGUCUAACAUUUGGUAUACCAAGUUUAUAACUUCUAAAAUGUUAUAGUUCAAGUAAAGUACCACUUAAACAAAGACUCAUUGGAUUUUGAAUUUCAUUUUAGUCAGUCACACAUUCGGGUACUUUUGUGAAUCUUCGAUACAUUGUUACAGGCCAAUCAAUGUACUGCUAUAGAAUGUCUCGAUUAUUAAAUUUGGUUGGAGAAUCCUAAUAAAGCUACUGGGCUACAGUAAAUGCUCACCCCAAUUUUUAAUAUCACAGGGUUUUUAAAAAUUUUUCCUGUGAUGCCAACUAAGUUAAUGUGGACUUGACUCAAAUGAACCAAAGUGGUGUUGUAGUUUGUUCUUGUAGUUACUUAUAAAAUAUGUAUUGAAAUGUACAAUUAGUAUAACAUUCUCUUCAAUGGUUCAAUGACAGAAAGAACUAUGCCAACUGCUUUUGCUGACAAUAGGAAUUAAUGGACUUGAAGCCCAUUUGUAGUUUUACCAAAGACCUUUUAUUGCUAUUAUGUUUCCUUUAUUUUUUAUAACUUUUCAUUUUAGUAAUUUAAGCAAAUUGUUAAAAACCUAAUUUGAAACAAACCAAACAUAACACCUAAUGUAGAUUUGGUGUGCAUUUACAGAAACUAAUGGCAUCACUGUCCUUUUUUGUAAAACAAAUGACUGUGGUUAGCAGCAUACACACAAUUCUAAUUGGCAGUUGUCUACAGUGAAGGAAUUUCAGAAGUUAGUGACAUGUUAAUAUUCUUAAGUGGCCAUAUAGAUGAGUACCAGUGGAGGCUGCUGAGGGGAGGACGGCUCAGAAUAAUGUCUGGAACGGAGUGAAUGGUAUUUGAUACCAUUCCACCGAUUCCGCUCCAGCCAUUACCAUGAGCCCGUCCUCCCCAAUUAAGGUGCCACCAACUUCCUGUGAUGAGUACUAUUUUGAAGUGUGUUUUUCUUUUCACUUUACAGCUAAAAUCUCAAUCAGUUUUAAAUAUUGAUGGUUGUGCACUACUUGUAUGCUGUCAGGAGUAUAGAGUAUACUUUGACUGUAAUGUGCUUUUGUUUUCGUUUGACUAGUGUUUUCUUUGUUUUAAUUCACAAUUUACUGCAGUCAUUGGAAAGAUGGCGAUAGUGUAUAAUUUGUUUAUUGGUUAUAUAUUUGAGUGAGUCAUUGACGGGUGAAAUGGCAGAACUUGAUUUAUUUAAACCAGCAUCAAUGGCAGAUACAGACGUGAGUAAGUUUAAGGAGCAACUUAUCACUCAUUCGUUCUUGGUCCUUAAGCCCUCUUCAAUGUGGCAUACUAAGUAUACAUCUUCCUUUUACACUGAAUAAGAAAAAAUGUGAGCUCAUUUUAUAAAUAUGGCUCUAAAAUCAUUCGAUGUUAUGGCCAUAUUAAACUAAUGUUCUUUUACUAUGGACCAAUUUAGUUUUUUUAUAAAUCUGUGCCUUUUGAUGUUAAAAUGUCAUAUUUUAACUGGCAUUUGAAGAGUAUAGCUCUUAAUGAGGGGUAGCUUCAUUGAGGGUAAAUUGUUAUAUUACAGUAAAACUGAAAAAGAAUCCAAAUUCUAGUGCCUUUUAGAGAAUUGUAUGUACCAUAAUCUCCCCAAUUAAAAUCUGUGGUGGAUAACACUCAGAUGAUUAGCUUUUUCGAUAUUAUCACUUAAUGAUUCUCGAAUGGUAAAAUUUGCUUUGUCGCUCUGAAAAGUUAGGAAUUCUGUGUAAAGAGCUUGCAUUCGUAAGUGAUCAGAGAAGGGCUGUUUUGAACCAGACUGCAUGUUUCGUAAGGGAGGCUUAGGGCAACCUUAGAAUGAUGAAUACUGCUUCUUCAUCUGUCUGUAUUUGCCAUAUAUCAGUCAUAACAUGCCACAAUACCUACCACCAAUAAAUAUGAUUCCUUCUGUACUCAACUUUAUUGGCACAAGAAAAAAAACAGACAAUUACUGUUAAAGAAAAGCACCAAGUAGGACUCAUUGUUUUGUACAUUUAAAUGUAAUUGAGAUGUAACAAUGCUCUGCAGUGGAUUAGCAUAAUCUAUUUUGCAUUCUUGUGAAGUGUUUGUUUCCUUGUUUUAUUAAAUAUUGUGAUCAUGGAACCUGAAGAUUUUAUGCAAUCUUGUACAUACAUAAAUGUAUGAAGCUGUUCCAAUUUUAGUAUGAAAGAAAAAAAAAAGCAUAACUUUUGUAAAAACAUUUAAUUGUUCCCAAUAGUUAAUUUCAAAAUGUUCAUUUAACAUAGAAACCCUGAAAUAUUGAAUGUACCGUUCUAAAUUAGAUAUUUAAUAGGUCACUGGACUAAUAUGGAGAGCAGUUCAUCCGUUAGCUAUGAUGUAGCAUCUAGUUUUGUGAAUUGCUAUACAAUGAAAUAAAUGUAAGACUUAAACACAUGCAGUUUUCCGGUCUCUGUAUUUAUCAGUGUAAUGAUUAAGGGGAGGGGGGAAUACAUUUUAUUUUCUCAGGGUUUCAGUUAUGACUGUAGGAUAACAGGUUUUUAAUUGUGAACUGUAGUUCAUAUCUGUAUUUACGCUGAUGUCGAUGGAAGUAGACAUUUGUAUUACGAAUGAGAAACAUGUCCCUUAUUUUGUUACAAAGUAUGGACAGAUAGGACAUUGUAUAUUGAAUUAGUAUUCAACUACCCCAUAGAAAUUAUCAAUGGGAGUUCCCCUGUGUUAAAGUUGAUCCUCUUUAUGGAAUCAAAGAAAGGCCUGAUUUGGCUUUUUACUAAAAAUUAAGUAGAAGGUAUUGAAUCUUUUGCUUGUAGAGUAUCAUUAACUUGUUCAAUUGUACUGCAACAUUAUGCAAUGGUUUACAGAAUUCACAAUUUGUAUCAUCUUGGGAAUUAAAACCAUUUUUGAU